AUGGGGAGGAUUCAAAAGUUUAUUUGCUGGCUAGUAAUAAUUUUAAAUACGUGCAACAAGAUAGAAUGUUCAAAUGCAUCGCGUAAUGAAGAUCAUCUCUCGACUUACAAUCAAGUGUUAGAUAUAUUGAAGAUGUGUGUUCCGGACCGGCUAAACCCUCUUAUUGUAAGUAAUGAUUUGAUUGAUUUAAUUUACCCAUCAUCAUGGGCGGGCGAUGAUUAUUCAACUACUAUCAUGCUGAUUGAUGAUUAUAUUAAAUCAAAUAAUAUUCAAUUGUACAAUCCGGCGUAUCCUACAUAUCUUAUAUCUGCUGAUUCAAUUGUGGAAUCCCGAUCGUUGCUGAGCAAUCUGCAAUCUUCUUCUUGGUGGAACAUUAUUUCUCACUUUUUUGUGAUUGAAAAUCGUGAUAAUUUAUGUAAAGAUUCUUCAAAAGUUCUUCAAUCACUUUGGAAAGCUGAUUUACUCUCUUCAUUUUAUAUAUGUAAUGAUUCAAUCAACAAAACAAUGGUCUAUACCUUUAAUCCUUUCACAAGACGGGCUCCGAAUUCUUGGGAAGAAGUUGACUCGAUCGACAAACCAAAUGACAGAUGGACUCUUUAUAAGCAGCCACUCAUAAACGACACAAGCAUAUGUCAGAACCUGACAUUUGACAAAACUAAAUUUUUGGACGGUUAUGCAGUGAAAGCAGUAGCAUCUCCCGAAAUAAAUAGAAACUGUAUUCAAAAUAAUAUUAGCGAUGUAAAGAGCUUGGGUAAAUUUCUACCAUACACUAAUUAUAUGUUUUUUAAAAAUUUAUUUCCCGCUUUAAAUGUCACACCAAUAAUUAGCUAUGACGAAAACGGUCAUUUUGUUAACAAUACUCCUGUGGGAUAUCUGCAAUCUUUAGUCAACGGCACGCAGGAUAUUGGUAUGAAUGAACGUUUUAUCGGAGGUAAUGCUUCUUUAUUUGUUGACUUUAUAAAAAUAUAUAAGGAAAGUGGAUUUUCGAUACUGACUCAUAAGAGAGGUGUCACAACGGUAUUUGAACAAGUUUCUGACUUUUUUGACCUUGAGACUACAUUAUUUAUCAUAUUUGUAUUGUUUAUUACAUUCGUCGCAAUAAUAAGAAUCAAUAACUGUCAGUACGGCUUAGGAUUAUUGGACAUAAUUAGUUUGACUUUGAGCAGAGGUAUCUUAGUACCAUUAAAUAAACUAUACAUACGCGUUAUUUUCAUUUUGGCAACAUUUGUUAUUUUUAUUGUCACCCCGGACUUGCAGGGAUAUAUAUUAAGUUUUGUCACGAAGCCAGAGUUCAAAAAUGUUGAGACUUUAGAAGAUUUAUAUAAUUUUAAAUAUACUGUAUACAUGCAUUCCGGUUUUGAAAAAUUUCUUCAAUCUCAGGGAUUAUGGGAAAAGUCAGAUGACAAGUAUUUUCAUAUUUCUUUAGAUUCCAGGCAUAAGUGUCAUAAAAAAAUUUUAGAUGACGAUGCAGUAGCUUGCUUAGCGUUGUAUUAUUUUCAAUUAAAUAUGGCUCUAGCGAAUAAAAAUCUUCACGUAUCGAAAGGAUUUAUUUCAAAAGCUUAUAUGUCUUUUUGGCUGCGCAAGAACUGGGUGUUGAAGAAUAAAAUUGAUGAGAUAACCUCGCGAUUGCAAGAAUCCGGUUUAAUAGAUUAUUGGGACAAACGGUCAUUCCAUUAUCCUUUCAAAAAAUUAAAAGCCAUUGAAGCGAAAGAAUCAUCUUUGGACUGUCGUCUAUUAGAUUUUCAAGAUUUUCAAUUUAGCCUAUUUGUUUUUUCGAUAGGUUUAGUUUUCUGUACGAUUGUUUUCGGUAUCGAAAAUUUUGUUAAGAGGGUAAUACAAAAACGUAGACGCGCAAUGAGACGUGAACCACGAUUUGUUAAAUUACGACAGAGACUUCGGUACCGUGAUGGAAAAAUUUUCAUUAUCAAUGAAUAUUUGUAA